UUUAAUGAGGGGUUUUGUUUCAGUGAAAGCAGAGGAAUGUUUUGACCGCAGGACCGUUCCCAAACUUUGGUGGUUGGUGCUGGCCUGGUGAUAGUCUGCCAUGGAGAGAGAUGCAGUUGAUGGGGUUCUGCUGGACUGUCCCUGGGUACCAGUGUGUAUCAGUGGGUCUCAGCUCCUGGCCAAGACCUGGUUUGGGGACACAGCGUACCGCAUCCUGCUCACGGACCUGCACUCUGUGUGGGAGGAGGAGAUGGACACCAGGGCCAUCCAGGACAGAGCUCAGGAGCUGAACAGGCGAUUGCGGGCUCCCGUCCACGCCUUCUUCUCUCACAUGUGUGAGGUGGCUCAACCCUGUCUGUCUGGACGGGUGGAGGACGGGGGGGCGCUUCAGUUCUCCCACAACCACCACGGCGAUGACAUCAACCUGAAGUUGAAGAGUGAGCUGGCUGGGGUGCCUUUCUACUGGGAAUUCCGCUGCAUCCCUGCCCCUGUGGCUUUGGUGUGCAGUCAGCUUGUGCGCCCCCUGCUGUUGAUGAGCAGGUUACUGCAGAGACAGGUGGGCCAACUGGGAGCUCUGCUGGCCAGGAAAGACACUGAGCUCCAAGACUACAGGGACAAUGGGGCAGUGCUGAGCAGAGAGCGAUUGCAGACAGAGUUGUUUGAGGAACAAAGCUACAGAGAGAACUUCCUGACACAGACUGUGCCACAGGUAUGUGUGAGGCAGGGCAGUCUGGGGUUUGACUCUGAGCUGCAGGAGCUCUACUCAGCCGUCACGUCCUACGGCAACACCAACGCCCGCAAACGUAAGAUCUCUGAGAGACACGCCCCCAAAGAGGACGAAUCCACCACAGAGGACCGUGACCCUAAACACGCCGCCAGCGGCACACAGCCCCCAGGUGAGGAGGUGAACCAUGGGCUGGACCAGGGGGGUAGAGCCAGAACCACAGACUCAGAGACACCUAAUGAGGAAAAGACUACAGUUCCCAUGGCUACUGCCGCAGAUCGGCCCUCCGCCCGACCCAAGAAGAAGAAAGCGAAGGGGCUUUUUGGAUGACCUCGGAACCUGUAGGGCACCAAACACUAUGGAGACUGUCUGCGACUACGUCCCAAAUGACACGGUCAAAAGUAGUGCACUAUGUAGGGGAUGGGGUGUCGUUUGGGAUGCCGUCUAUGAGCACUACCACCUUACUUCAUGUGACAUGUUUUUCAAGUACUCAUCUACGGAGAUGUCCUUUUUUUAAUAUAUAUUUUUUUAAAUCAUUAAAUCAUUAGAUAUGCAUGUU